ACACCACCAGAGAUAAACAACCUCUUUCAGACACUGUUACCGCACAAGGGUGGUUCAUCUAGAACUCGAUUUCUCGAUGCACAUGCGAUGAUUGAGACAAGAAACAAAGAGUAUUUAUUCCAGUUAUGUGUGUUUGGGCUUCUGCUGACUUCAGUGGGAGGAAUCCAACUCUUUCAAGCGACCACUUAUAACAGUCAUCACUCGUUUUUUGACAUCCAACCUGUUGCUAACGACACCGUCAUGGUGACAGUCACCUACCGGAGUUGCGAGGAAAUUUCUUUCAGUAUACGCAGCGGGAAUACCUUCCUGAAGAUUAGCAUGACAAAGUACUACAUGUAUGCUAAGCUGCUCUUGCUGAAGCCAGGACAACCCCUGUCGACUCUCCAUCCCGAGAAUAGGAAAGAAUUUUCCUAUUCACCAGAGCUGAUUAGUGCUUUUGGUCAUGGUAUCUCUUGCAACAAGGACAGAACGGUGAUGGUCGUCUGGAAGAAAUCCGGUCGCCGCGAGAUGUCGAUAUUCAUGCAGCCAUCUAUAAUAAAAAGUAGUUCCUUCUUUGUCGGAGCGUUCAAGGGUGAUGUAGAAGCUAUUCAUGUUGAGUCCAACAGGAGUCACGCCACCUGGAACUUAACUGUUGGGGUUCCGGAAAUAAAUCAGUACCUGAUCUCAGCAGUAAAUGAAACAGCUCGAUUCUAUGACAGUCGUAUUUUCCCACCAAGUACAACGAAGUCGUUAUUCUUUCCUGCCCUUGCUAAAGAUAGUGCCAUCAUGAUGGUGAUGGUGUCUUAUCGUUCUUGCAAACAUCUAUAUAUGGACAUAACCGCUGGCGUUAGCUUGAUCCGAGUGAAAGUGCUUCACAGCCGGCUGUUUGUAGAGUACUGGGACCUUAUUUACGAUUUUCCGAUGAAGAAGAUGUAUACCAGAAACCAAACUAUCAAUUAUGCGACAGGCACUUCUUGUACCAGUGACAGAUCGAUUAUCAUCACGUGGACCAGGUUCAUAUCGCGAGAGAUGACGGUGACCAUGCUGCCACCAAUUCUGGCCUAUGAUAUGUACAUCGUGCCUGGAUUUCUCUUUUUCCCAAGAACGAUUGAUUUAUUUCCGCUAGGUGGAGAGUCAGUCAACUGGACAGUGUCGGUUGCCCAUAUCGACAAACAUUGAAAUCAAUUAAAUGAAAUCAAUUAUUGGAAUGUACAUUUUAAUUGGAUUGCCGACUAACUGGAAACUGGUCAUUACGAGACUCAAAAGUAUAUUUGAAUAAUGUAAGAUAUUAUUUAUAUUACACUGUGAACUGUGAACUGUGAACCGCAAUUACAACGCACACAAUUAACGAAACAAUUAUUUGAACUCAUUAGACCCUCGGAAAAUUAUUUGGCAUAAAGCCAUUAAUUUUGUAAUUUAACCUUUCAAAAUCCUGAACGCGUGAGUUGUAUCCUUAUAAUUUCACUUAGUAGUCGAAGUGGAGGACAAGACAAACUUGGAAAAUAUUUGCAACUUUAUUUUAGAGACCUUAAGACUUCCAAAUUCUACAAGCCAGCUGGAUAUAAACAGAUUUGCAAAUGUUUCUAAGAAAAUUAGCAGAAAAAAA